GGCCAUGGGCGAAGGGACUGAUGGCCUGGUUGGCGCUGCCGAGUACUGUCGGGAGCUUCUUGGGACCGAGGACCGAAAUCCCGGCUCCAGGCCUCGGGGACUGCGGACUGUGGGGAGGCUGGCCGGAGAGAGAGGGAAGGACGGGGCCUGGCCCCCGGUACUCCCUGUGCCUUGCUUGGAGCUGACGCCGACGGUUUAUUGCAGGGAACUGACAAGAUCACAUUUUGAGAAGAAGUUGGAAAGAAUCCCAAGUGGAUGAACUGAAUAUCUGGAUGAGGACAAGAUCUAUGGGGAGAGACUGUAAGACCUGUAAAGAGUGAGGGAAGGCUGCCAACAGGCUAAAUUGACCCGUACUACACACUUCUGUGGCAAGGCUGAGACACUUACAACACUCUCAGAUAGAAUGAGUCCAUUUAAGUCCCAGGACGGUGGAAACUAGCUAGUGGAUUGCAGCCAUGUUGUGGAAGCUGCUGCUGAGAUCCCAGUCCUGCAGGCUGUGUUCUUUCAGAAAGAUGCGAUCACCUCCAAAAUACAGACCUUUCUUAGCAUGCUUCACCUAUACAACUGAUAGACAGUCGAGCAAAGAAAAUAUAAGAACAGUGGAAAAGCUCUAUAAAUGUUCAGUUGACAUUAGGAAAAUUCGUAGAUUAAAAGGAUGGGUACUUUUAGAGGAUGAAACCUAUGUUGAAGAAAUUGCGAAUAUUUUACAAGAACUAGGUGCCGAUGAGACUGCUGUAGCCAGUAUUUUGGAACGCUGCCCGGAAGCAAUUGUCUGUAGUCCAACCGCUGUUAACACCCAGAGAAAACUCUGGCAGUUGGUCUGCAAAAAUGAGGAAGAGUUAAUCAAGUUAAUAGAGCAGUUUCCAGAAUCUUUCUUUACUAUUAAAGACCAAGAGAACCAGAAGCUGAAUGUUCAGUUCUUUCAAGAGUUGGGACUAAAAAAUGUGGUCAUUAGCAGACUUUUGACAGCUGCACCUAAUGUUUUUCAUAAUCCUGUUGAGAAGAAUAAGCAAAUGGUAAGAAUUCUCCAAGAGAGUUAUCUAGAUGUAGGUGGCUCUGAGGCCAACAUGAAAGUUUGGCUACUAAAAUUGUUAAGCCAAAACCCAUUUAUUUUGUUAAAUUCUCCCACAGCUAUAAAGGAAACACUAGAAUUUCUCCAGGAGCAAGGUUUCACCAGCUUUGAAAUUCUCCAGCUUCUAUCCAAACUCAAAGGAUUUCUUUUUCAACUUUGCCCAAGAAGUAUACAGAAUAGUAUUUCCUUCUCUAAAAAUGCUUUUAAAUGCACAGAUCAUGACCUGAAGCAAUUAGUUUUGAAAUGUCCUUCCCUUUUAUAUUAUUCUGUUCCAGUUUUAGAAGAGAGAAUGCAAGGAUUAUUGAGAGAAGGAAUUUCCAUAGCUCAGAUAAGAGAGACGCCAAUGGUUCUUGAAUUAACACCACAGAUAGUACAGUACAGGAUAAGGAAACUGAAUUCCUUAGGCUACAGAAUAAAGGAUGGACAUCUAGCAAAUCUAAAUGGAUCAAAAAAAGAGUUUGAAGCUAAUUUUGGCAAAAUUCAGGCCAAAAAAGUAAGGCCAUUAUUUAACCCUGUGGCACCAUUAAAUGUUGAAGAAUGACA